AUGUCACAUGAAUACCCAAAUGAUAGACCGGACGCAGGAAGCAUCCAACAGUUGCCAACGUGCGAGGUGUCAGCCAGUAACAAAUUUUCAGAAAAUUACAAUCUGUUGAUUGUUGCUGGUGAAGGACAAAACAAAACAACCUUCAAGACACAUAUUUCGGUUUUAUCCAAGGCAUCAAGAUAUUUUGGUGCCGCGUUAUCCAAAACGUGGCUUCGAAAAAUGGGGAAAUAUUACCAUUUUAAGAAACCAAAUGUCGAGCCAGAAUUAUUCAAAAUUAUUCUCAACUAUUUGUAUACCCGAAGUAUUGAUAUCGGCGGUUGCGAGGAAAUUGCCAUUCUCAAACUAUUGAUCGCUGCGGAUGAGCUGCUUCUUGAAGGUUUCAUCGAGCAGAUCCAGGACAAUUUCAUAAAGUCCAAAAAACCAUUCAUAGGCAUGCAGCCUGUCCUAGUAUUAAAUUUUGUCUUUAGGCUUGCGUCUUGCAAGAAGCUUACACAGCUAUGUCUCAAAGUGUGUGCUGCAGACGCAAUGAAUGUAUUUCCUGAAAAUCCCCAGCCAAUAGAAGAAGACGUGCUACUUUGUCUUUUGCAGCGGGACGAUCUCCAAAUUAGAGAGGUAGAACUAUGGAAAUACAUUCUGCGACGGGCAUUAGAUAAACAUCCGCAAAUAGACCGAGAUCCAACAGAAUGGUCGGCCGCCGAUAUAUUCCAAAUAAAACCGAGCAUAAAAGCCACGAUCAAUCUUAUCCGAUUUUUUAACAUAUCACCGGAUGAAUACAGUGAACAAGUUGGGCAGUACGAGAAAUUGUUGCCAAGGCGACUAAUAGACCAAUUGCAAAUUCGUACUGCCCUACGUUCCGGUCAACAGUGGCAGAUUGAUCAGGUACUCAAACGAUCCAAUACCGUGUUUGUCUCGUGGCGCGGUAACCCGGCAACUAUCGAGGAACUACGGCAGCUGUUCCGUGGGUUGGACAUAAAAUGUAUUCGGCCGUGUCCAACUCAGCCAUUCGCCUACAUCGAUUUGAACACAACAGACUCGAUGAUCGAAGCAUUGGAAAAGAAUGGCAAGGCUACGCCAAAUUGUGCGUACGCGCUUCCCGUCAUUACACCCCGGUGGUUGCUUGGAGAUUAUAAAUAA